AUAUGGCUGCUGCUGUUGGCGUUGAUAGCCAAUGGCCACACCCUGAAGGACACCGAAUUCGAGCCAGUGGAAGGCAUAUGCGACACUUGUACUUGCACCGUCCGCAACGAAUCCAACGCCCAGUACCUCAGCUACUCCAUACUGGACUGCUCGACGAAGAACCUUCGGCAUAUGUUGGCCUCUUGGCCGGAUGUCUUCGACAACGAGCAAGCCAAUCAGGAAAUCGUCUUUUCCCUGUCCGGAAAUGACAUAAAAUCGCUGCAGCAGUUGCCGGCCACCGAGGCGGACUUGGUAUUCAGCUGUCGGCACUGUAACCUUACCGAGAUGGCCAGUGGCGCCUUUCUGGACACGCCCAACAUCAUCCGGUUGGAUCUGAGCUGGAACCUCUUGACGGGAGAUGCCUUGCGGCCGGAUGUGUUCCGCGGGAAGUACGCCGAACAGGAGUACGAAUCUAUAGCAUUGGACGAGCUGGAUUUGAGCUACAAUGCGGUAGAUUUCCUGGAUGCGGCCUUGUUCGAACACAUGAUUCAUCUGAGGCGGCUGUCCUUGGCGCACAAUCCGCUGAAGAAGCUAACGGACGGUACGGUGACGGCGCUGGGAUCGAUCAGUCGACUGGAACAUUUGGAUUUGUCGUAUGCGCAGCUCGAUGAUCUUCCCGGGGAGAUGUUCCAGAAGAUCGAAGGCUUGCGGGAGCUGCUGGUACAGGGCAAUCAGUUCACGGUGGUGCCCAGUUCCAUUAGAUUGCUGAAGCCGACACUGAUGGCACUGUACGUCGGUGAGAAUCCGAUUCAGCGACUGGACGAGGAAAGCUUCUUCGACUUGGAUCACUUGACUCAGCUGAACAUCAGUGGAAUGCCACUGCUGGAUGAUGUCGAUACGGGAACCUUCAGUGGACUGAAGUCGUUGGAAGUGUUGUCCUGCAGUAACAACCCCAAGCUGGUGGAGUUUGACAUGAGCGACUUGAAAGGAUUAAUACGGCUGAGACAGCUGGACAUCUCCCACUGUGCCAUCGAGCAUCUCCGCCUGGACGAACCCAUCCCGGUGCAGGACGAAACCUCGGACAUAGCCUUCAUCGAAACGUUUCCCAAGUUGCGCUCCGUCAAGCUGGAAGGCAAUCCGUGGCACUGCGAUUGCGAACUAUACGAGAUCAUCGAAUCCAUCAAGCACAUCCUCGAGGACGACGACGAGUUCCAAGGCCCGCACCAUUCAUCCGAAGCUCGCUGCGAGACUCCGUACGACCUGUCGGCACUGCCCCUCACCGAGCUGGCCGGAAAGUCGCUCUGUUCGACUCCGCCGAAAAAAGUUCCUAAAAUUCCCAUCUACGAGGCACCGGCCUUCUUGCGGCCGCGGUCCAUUGUGCUGUCGCUCCUGUCGGUGGUGGUGGUCCUGCUGAUCGGGCUCAUCAUCGGCGUCAUUAUCGUUUGCAUCAAGCGCAAGCUGAAGGAAAACGACUUCCGGUUUGCUUCGCCCGUUCGAUACACGACGGUGCGGAACAGCACGACGUCGACGAUUUUGCAAGCCUAAUGUGUGUGAGCGGCCUUGCGGGAGUACAUUGUGUUGCGCACCCCCAUAGGGAGAAAACCGAAUUUUGUUUAUUCUAGUCUGCCUUAUCUUGUUAAGAAUAUGUAAUCUUAAGCUUUGUAGAUGGUAAAUAUAGAUUUUGUGUAAGUAUAUAUA